UUUAGGCGACACCAAACACUAUCGACUCCACUGAAUACUAACCGCGCUAUAAUCUAACAGGGACUAUAAUAACCGUGCCGUGCCGUGUUAAACACCCGUGACCAUGUUGUUCAGAUUCGGGGUCAUUCUCGCUCCGGACAGUGCGGACGUGCAGCUCUUGGUCCUGGGCUCUCGUGAGGAGAUGGGUCGGUGGGACCCGGACAGAGCGGUGCACAUGAAGCCCGCACACGAGCUCCUGUCGCCGCAUGAACCGAACCUGUGGCUCGGCGACGUGCAGCUGGAGGAGCCGGUGAAAGACGCGCUGUGGUUCAAGUUCUUGCAAAGAACCAGAGGCUGUUACAUCUGGGAAGGUAACACAGCAGCACUGAGCCCCUGUGAGGAUGUUCACGCUCAAAGCUGCGAUUCACGAGAAAAGCACCAAAACAACUCCGCCAUGUUUGGUAGCGGCCCCAGCCAUGACAGGUUCUGUUCAUAUGAUGAGAGGAACGUGGUGGACGGAGUGUACUGCCACCCGAUUGGCCACUGGAUAGAGGAAACUGGACACACAGACGAGAUGAAACAUACCACCCGCUUUUAUUUGGGUGUGGCGGGUCAGGCGGCCAUGCAUUUCUCCAGGGUGCUUCCACGUGUUUGGCUUGGCAGCUGCCCUCGACAGGUAGAGCAUGUGACGAUUAAGAUGAAGCAUGACUUGGGCAUCACUGCGGUGAUGAACUUCCAGACUGAGGGCGACGUGGUGAACAACUCCUACGACUGCAGACGCAACCCUGGGGAAGCGAUGACGCCGGACACCAUGAUGCAUUUGUACAAAGACUGUGGCAUGGUGUACCUGUGGAUGCCCACACCUGACAUGAGCACGGAGGGUCGUAUCAGGAUGCUUCCCCAGGCGGUAUUCCUGCUUAAAGGUCUCUUGGAGAAUGGCCACACCGUCUAUGUUCACUGUAACGCUGGAGUGGGCAGGUCGACGGCUGCCGUGUGUGGCCUGCUCAUGUACGUCCUCGGCUGGAGCCUGAGGAAGGUGCAAUACUUUGUCGCAGUCAGGAGGCCGGUGGUGUACAUCGAUGAGGAGGCUUUGGUCCAGGCUCAGGCAGAAUUCAUCCAGAAGUUUGGACAACUGAGGCCCUCCCUCUCUUACCUGGAGCCAUGAGAGUUUAGAGUCUUUGCACUGAAGUUUUCACAUUUAAAAAAGACUGGAACUAAAACAAGAAAGACUUCAGCCGUUUUAGUAAUAAUCAACGAAGAGCGUUGACAUUUUGAAAAGGCGACUUCUACUUUAAGUGUUGAACAGCAAUGAUUGAGUGGGACACACUGCAAAACAAACCAAAUAUCAAUACACUAAAACAAAACCAGAUGUCUCCCUUUCCACAGUUAUUCUCUAUAUUUCACAAUUCUGUACCAAAAAUCAGUUUUAAUCUCAUCGGGAAAUUAUUUUGGAGAGAAGUCUUGAUGCUGCCUGAAAAUGGCAGCCCCUUGCCAAAGCAACAAAUCAAUUCUCCAAUGACAAUGCCUCUCCAUAUCUGUCAAGCAGGUAUUCUGUUCCCAGACAUCGAAGAACACAGCUCCGCCCCGUCUUUCUCGGAGAGCCUGAUCGCAUUUCAUCUUUAUUUAUUUAUCCGACAGAUGCUAUUCCGACCCUUCUCCUAAAUAACAAAAAACAACAUCCCUGCCAGACCAUUUUAAUGCAUACAUAAUAAAGCAUUAUCGGAAUACUGUUCUUCUGCCUUGACUCAUAAUGAGGAUCCAUUGCUUUUUCUUUUUUAAGAUGCAGUGUUUUUGUUACCUUUCCCUGAUUUAAGAAAGUUGGUGGAUUAGAGAGGAGGGAAGAUUCUUCUCCUCGAGCGUGUCUUACAGCCUCUCAUUACUUUUCAGUGAGUACCUGCGGAAGACAGCAACUUAAAAGAGCGUCAGUGGGGACGGGUGGGUGGAUUGAGCCAUGCAAAAAAAAAGAAGCAAAGUUGUGGAUUUCCAAACGCUCUAAAAAUAUGCAUAAAAUCCAGAUUUGAAAUGAGUGACAUGCUUUUCCUUUUUGAAGAAGAAGCAGAAUGUGUAGAGGUUUGAAAACAAAUGCGUCUAUACCUUACUAUGUGUGUGUGGCUGCUGGUGUUUUUUCGCCGGAUUGAUGCAAAUGUAAUUGGAAAACAUGUUGCUUUUAUUCCACUGGGUUGUUGUCAGUGACUGAUGUUAUAAAGUAUCUGUAGUCCACAUGAUUUCCAGGAUCUGUCAAUCACCUCUGCCUGUUCCCCGAGAUCCUUGCAUUUAAAUUGGAGAAGGUAUUAGAAAGCAUUUGCAACUGUCACAGAAGACAGAUUUAUAUAGUGCAGUGUUCCACACUUAUACACUUCCAUCUCUACCACAAUGUGUCAUGCACGUACUUGUGUUGUUUCCCAAAUGUUUUGUCCCUGCAGGCCUCGGACUAGUACUUAUUACCUAUAUUUCUGUAUCUAUAUGCAUUCAUUUUGCUGAUUUGAAGCAUCACAGAGGCAAUCUUUAAAAUUGUGUCUGUAGUUUUCUUAUUCUCUCUGACUGAAACAAAACUAUUAUGAAAUAAAAUAAUCAGAGGGGCACAGUAAUAAUAUAUUUCCAAUAAUUCGGACUGUAUCAGGAUAUAUUGCUUCUGUCAUUCAUUCAAAGGUUGACAAAUACCUCAGUUUAUAUCCAAGAUCUGCACGCAUGUAGCUGAUUGACCAACAUAAUAAGAAGAUGAACUAUACACACCAGAUUAUAGUACCUUUACUACAACAAUGUUAAAGAUUACUUUAUUCUUGUGUUGGUCCACAGAAUGCAGAUCUGAAUUUAACUUCACACACUGAAAUGUUCAAAUCCUUUUUAAUUUACAGUAAACUAAAUAUUAGGGCGCCACACAGAAGUGAGAUUAAAAUAAUAACAAUUGAUGAACUGAUUUCAGCCAUUAAGCUGCUUGAAUCAUGUUGGGAUGUUUAUCAAAAGGAAUCUUGAAUUCUUGCUGUGCAGUUACUGCCACAGGUUGGUGGCGGUGUUUUCUAAUCAAACCUAAAUGUAUGUGUGUAUUUAACAGGCAGAAAUCAGGACUUUUUUGUUUAUGCUGUUAUUUGUCCUCAGUGCAACUUUACUGGUCACUCAGUUUUACAUUUCCAAAAUGCCUCCUCCUCCCUCAGGUUCCCCCGACUAUUUAAGCUGUCUCCCUCUGUGUGUGACUCACUGUGCAUUGCUGCCAAACAAACUCAGCUUAAUUAAAGCACAUAAACAUGCACAGUUAAACUCAGAUUGCAAAAGCAAUGUCCACAUACUUAUAGAAAGGGAUAAAAGAAGCUGAGUAAUGUUCAUAUGUGAACAAUGAUUUGCACAAAUAGAAAGUUGCUCCUUAGUUAAAAACUAUCACAAACUUCUGAUUUUGUCAUAUUGUGAAGUUGGUGUCUAAAUUCAAUCCAGUGGAACACAGGCACACAAACACUAUACAGAUACCUGACAAACACAGUCAAACUAUACAUUAAAUCACUCUGUAUUGCCUCAUUUCAUCCAACCAGAGCGGUUAUCUGAAACAAGACUCAUUAAAAGCCUCAUUGAAUGUU